UACAGAUAUUUUAGUAUUCUCUGGGACCUGGGUUAAUCCUUAAAUAAGAAUUUUAUAGUAUAAAAUUAGGUUACGCCGAUGGUCUGCAUUUCAGAACAAUAAUUCUACUUUGGUGUUUGGUAUAAUGCUGAUUUAAUCGUUUUUUUUUUAUCUGAGCGUACAUGAUAGUGUCCAUAAUAGAUAAAAAGUCAUAGAUGUUCGCCCCACUGUAAUGAAUGCAAAUUAUCGUAUUAUUGUGUUAGCGUUGUGCCGUAGUGUAUAAGUGCACUGUGAAACGUCAAUAAAUAAUGGAUUUUUGAUUGCUGACUGUCGGUUAAAGAUGAUUUGAGUUUUUGACAUUUUUGUAUAAAUAAUUUCAAAGACUAUGAGUAAUGGAUUGCGCUGAUUGGAGUUUUUUAAACUUCUAUAGCUGCGUUUUUUAUUCCUUUCAAAACUGUUGUUAAAUGCUAAGGAUGAAAGGUCGAAAAUGUGACUGAAGAAUUAAUAGUAAACGUUUAUUCAUUUUUUUUCUAUUUACAAACACGAUUAUGACAAGCAUUUAAUUCAUUUUGGACACACGGUUUUCAAUCAUGGAAAGUGAUAAUAAUUCAAAUGACGAAACUACGAAUUGGAAAGGAACUAAUAAGAAUUUACUGACUAGAAGCUAUGGAAAAAAAUUGUUCCCACCACUUAUACCUAGUUCGGAGCAUACAUUAUUAUUUAAAAUUCCAAUUGGUACUAACAAUAUGCCAGAACCUUAUCCCAAAGAAUAUUGUGAUAGCUGGGAUGAUAAUCAUGUAAAGAUGCCAUGUUCUAAACAUAAUUUAUUUUUAGUAAAUCAGAAUAAUAAGAGUUCUAAAAAAAAUAGAUGGAAUACUAUCACCUAUAGUUUACUUAAACCAAUAUUGUCGAGUGAAGAAUUAGAAAAAGCUAUUAUAUCUUAUAAUCCCAAGUAUAAAGAUAAAUGGCGGUUUUAUUUACUGCAUUCAUUUUUUGAUGAAUGUUUAAACGAAGAAGAAACACAAGAAUUUUUCAAUAAUUUAUUACCAAAAAUCAUUAAAUUAGCAUUGAAAUUACCUACGUUAGUAACUAAACCAAUACCUUUGUUGAAACAAACUCAUAAUCACUCUAUAUCAUUAAGUCAAAUGCAAAUUGCCUGUCUUUUGGCUAAUGCUUUCUUAUGUACAUUUCCACACCGAAAUGUUAGCAAUUCAAAGUCUGAGUAUUCAGAAUAUCCAUACAUUAAUUUUAACGGAUUUUUUCAAUUAAUGGUAACUUCUUCAGCCAAUCACUAUUUGUAUGAAAAAUUGAAAUGCAUCAUUUGUUAUUUUAGAAAAGUCACUAGUGCUAAUUCUGUUUAUAAUGGAAUUGUAACUUAUUCUAGAAGAAGAUUGCCAUCUGGAGACUUACCAUAUUGGUUACAAUCAACAAAGAAGUUGACAAAUUUGUAUAUAUCAUCUGAUGGGACAAUAGAAGAUAAUGGUGAUGGAAUGCUGCAAGUAGACUUUGCAAAUAAAUUUAUUGGAGGAGGUGUUCUUGGACAUGGUAGUGUACAAGAAGAAAUUCGGUUUCUAAUUUGUCCUGAAUUAUUAUUAUCUCAGCUAUUUUCAGAAAAGAUGUUACAUACAGAAGCAAUUAUUAUAACAGGUGUGGAGAGAUUUAGUGAUUACAGUGGAUAUGCAAAUUCUUUUGAGUGGAAAGGUGUUCAUUUAGAUGUUACUCCUGUUGAUGAAAAUAAUCGUCGCUACACUACUAUUGUUGCAAUUGAUGCACUGUACUACAGUGAUCCUAAAAAUCAAUUUAAAACAAAAAACUUAAGACGAGAGCUGCACAAAUCAUUUGCUGGAUUUUCAUGGGGGCAAGGUACAGAGUGUUCUAAUGUUGCAAUAGCCACAGGAAAUUGGGGCUGUGGUGCUUUUCGUGGAGACUGUCAUCUAAAAUCAUUGUUGCAAUUAAUGAGUGCUGCUCAAGCCAAUCGAGAUGUAGCUUACUUUACAUUUGGUGAUACCAAACUGCUAGACUCAAUUUAUAGUAUGCAUACAUUUUUGAAAAGCCAAAAUAUUACAGUUGGUGAAGUUUCUAGGAUUCUUAUUAAAUACUAUGCUUGUUUGGAAACCAUGCCAUGUGUUAGUGUACACGAUUAUAUUUAUGAUGCUAUUGCAAAUAAAGCCAGACAGGUAUUUGAAAAUAAUGAAUGUAAACCUGGAAUAUUUUCACAGAAUUUACAAAAUGAAUUUUUGAGGAAUAAUUAUAAAGCAGUAGAGUCCAACACUGAAGUACUCCAAGCUUCUAAAAAUUCAAAUACUGAAGUUGAUAAAACCUCUGAACAGUUCCAUUCUUUUUCAAGUUCAACUUAUGUAGAGCCUAGACCUUGUUCAAGUUCAAAUCCAUCAAAGUCAAUUUCAGAAGAGUCUCAGUCCCUUUUAAACUUAAACUUUAUAAAGUCUACUUCUGAUGAAUCUGAGUGUCAUUUAAAUACAACUUUUAUCGAGUCACCUUCCAAAGAGUCUCGACUUUCUUCAAGUUUAAGCGUAAUAGAGUCAACUCCAGAAAAGCUAGAAGAAGAAUCAAAAUUGAAACUUGUUGAUAGUACAGGUUCCACUGAGUAUGUAGAUAAUCAAGAGAUCCAAGAUGAUGUUAAGUUUUUGCCUGUAAAUCAAUUUAGAUUAAAUAAUGAUGAGGAGCGAACUAUGUGUAUUAAGCAACAGAAAAACAGUUGGCUACAAUUAAACGAAUCCAAAAAAGAUUUUCAGUCAGCUAUUGAAAAAUCAUCAGUUUCAACAGGGCAGUUGAGUAUUCUCAAAAGAGAUAGAGAAGAACAUGAUGGAGGACAAAGAAUAGUGAAACGUAAAAUAUCUGAUUACUUUACACCAAAAAAAUAAUGUCCUAUUUAGUAUUAAUUUUGAUUAAAUUUCGAUGUAUGUAUUUUAUAAAUUUUGU